AAUACAUAGAGCGCAUAAACCUAUGGCGCUGAUUUCACCUGUGCGAAUUACUACCCAACACCUGUUGCUGUGGAACUCCUAAAAAAGUUUGGAAAUGGGCUGUACUAUUCACUCCUGCAGGGGCGCGCAAUCAACACUCGGACGCUUGCAGGAAGGAAAGGAGAGCCUGGGAAGGCACAGUUCAACCCAGCUUAAGGAAUGGAAUGCACCCGGAACUUCAGUUCCUUGUUUCUUUAAAAAAAUAUAUUGUCGUUACAUACGUGCUCGCAAAUGAUUAUGCUCGAGCUGGCAAUGCAAAACGCGUAAAACAGUUUUCUGGACAUUUCGCAAAAAUGUCUAGUGUGGAGGUUAGUGAGCUCGACCUGAAAGAAGUUGACAUAUGCGACGGUGACAUCUGUUCUGAGGAGGAGAGCGGAGUUUUCGUGAACUCAGGUGCGUCCUUCAUUGAGGGUUUCUCGGCACUCCACAAAUGGGUUUCUAAAAACAAUGCAAUUACUGCCACUGUGCCAGACGUAGGCCUACAGUGCGCGUAUGGGGCACCAACACUAAACACCGUAUCAUCCAAGUGCUCUCAGAGGUCUAAUGGAGCAGCCAACGCUGCUGGCGUGGAGCCGGGCUCGCGCGGACGUAGCGAACGGUCGGACGACGACGAAACGAGAGCUACGUGUCGCGCAUCGAUUGUGGACCGUCUUCUAGUGGAACUUUAUGAUACCUAUGCAAGUACCAACCGCGUAAGUGCGGAUAGCCUGGAUAGUUCCACCGAAACGUCCAGCUCAGACGCGUUUCUUGGGAGGAGUAAUACCGUGUCAAAUUUCCUACAAGAGCUUCAAGAGAAGCACACCAGGAGACAUCAGAUGAAGUACCUCGCGCAAAAAGAUCCAGAGGAACUGAAGUGGAUUAUUCAGGAAGUGAAGUACCGGAUUGGGAUUCAGUCUGCUAAACUGGUACGGCAGGUGAAGAGGAAGGACCGACUCCAUCACAAACAGCAAAAGAAAUGUGACAUAGUCACUGCCUGCCUGCAAGCUGUCUCCCAAAAAAGAAGUGUGGAUACUAGGUUGAAAUUCACUCUAGAACCAUCACUGGGCAAAAAUGGAUUUCAACAGUGGUAUGAUGCCUUAAAGGCAGUGGCCAGACUCCCGACAGGCAUCCCCAAAGAGUGGAGAAGGAAGGUGUGGUUGACACUAGCUGAUCAGUACCUCCAUAGCAUCUCCAUAGACUGGGAGAAAACCAUGAGAUUUACUUUCAAUGACCGCAGCAAUCCAGAUGAUGACUCUCUUGGGAUCCAAAUUGUUAAGGACCUGCACAGGACAGGCUGCAGUUCCUACUGUGGCCAGGAGGCAGAGCAGGACCGCGUGGUGCUAAAGCGGGUACUGCUAGCCUACGCGCGCUGGAACAAGGCCGUGGGUUACUGCCAGGGAUUCAAUGUGCUGGCCGCCCUUAUCCUAGAGGUCACAGAGGGCAACGAGGGGGACGCUUUAAAGGUGAUGAUUUAUCUGAUCGAUAAGGUGCUCCCCGACAGCUACUUUGCCAACAACCUGCGGGCUCUGUCCGUGGACAUGGCCGCCUUCAGGGACCUGCUGAGGCUGAAACUUCCAGAACUCUCUCAGCACCUCCACCACCUACAGAAAGUAGCCAAUCGGGCGGGUGGAGGCAGCUACGAGCCUCCGCUCACCAACGUUUUCACCAUGCAGUGGUUCCUCACCAUGUUCGCCACCUGCCUUCCUCACCAUACUGUGCUGAAGAUCUGGGAUUCUGUCUUCUUCGAGGGUUCCGAAGUGCUGCUGCGGGUGGCGCUGGCCAUCUGGGCCAAACUGGGAGAGAGGAUUGAGGAGUGCCAAACUGCAGAUGAGUUCUACAGCACUAUGGGCUGCCUGACUCAGGAGAUGCUGGAGCACAACCUGAUUGACUCCAACGAGCUGAUGCAGACUGUCUACUCCAUGGCUGUCUUCCCGUUGCCCCAGCUGACUGAGCUGAGGGAGAAGUACACCUACAACAUCACACCCUUCCCAGCUCCUGUCAAGGCUAAUGGCAGCCAGGGCCUGUAUGGAUGGGAGAGUGAUGAUGACGGUGAUAUGGAUGAUGAGGACUCUGUCAUCACUGCUCUGGGAUGCCUGGGACCAUUGGGGGGCCUUCUGGCUCCUGAGAUCCAGAGAUACCAAAAGCACUUAAAAGAGCAGCGAGGUGAACCCCCCUCCCCCUCCAGCAACAUGGCAGAGCUGAGCCCCGGGGCAGUGGGCGCCGGCCGCGCCGAGCACCAGGCUGCCAUCAACAGCAUGAUGCUGGAGCGCAUGAGCACGGACAUCAGGGCGCUCACCAAGCAGUACUCGCGCAUCAAGAGACGCCAGCAGCAGCAGGCCGGCCUGCUCUACAUCCGCACAGACAAAUGUCCAGCCACCAGUGUCCUCACAUCCCAGGUCCAUUCUUCUCCUGUGGUCAACCACCUUCUACUAGGGAGAAAGCCUCAACCUGCCCAGCGUGCCUCCAGAAAUGGUAUUCUCUAUGGGCCCAGAGGACACGCUGGCCCCCUGCCUCAAUCCCAGUCCACCCCCAGCCUGGAACAGGGUGCUCGGGCCAGGCUCCAGUCCCCCUGGCGUGCCCACGUCCGCGCCCAUCGCAGGAAUCUGGCCCGGGCACGGGCCCAGCUGGGCUUUGAUGAUUCGCUGUCACCGGAGGACGACGACAGCUCGGAACCCAAACUGCCGUUAGCUGGGGAUGAAAAGACUCAGGAGGAUGUGAAGGAGCAGCACGUGGAACAGGAGGAAGGUGAGCGGGAGAAGACGGACGAGUCUGCGCAGGUGAUUGUGGAAGUGAGAGACUCGGACUUCCCCCUGCAGGACAGUGGUUGUGAGGAAGAGGGCGAAAUAAAGGAGACGGAAGAGCGUCUGUCUACGCUAGAGCUGGAGUCGUCCGAGCAAGCCCCUUCUUCUGCCUCAUCUGAGCCGGGGUCGACCUCGCCAAUCCCACAGUCGGAGCCACAGCCAUCACCGCCGGCCCUGAUGGUGCCCUGCUGCACCCACCGCACUGACUCCUCCAGCUCCGAGAGCAGGGCCGGCUCUUUGGGGCGGAGUCCUGUUGUGGACUCCGCCCUGGAGCUGGCCCCCAAAGCGCAGCAAAUCUUCUCACCCUUCCCCUGCAUGAAGGCACCCCGCAAGUCCUUGGCAGCCAGGAACCUGGGCCUCUAUGGCCCCACGUCCAGGACCCCGACCGUGCACUUUCCACACAUGAGCAAAACUGUGAACCGCCUGGGAGCUGGCACUUCUGCAGCCACCAGGAGGCGAUGACGAGUGGCGUUGACAUUUUGUGAACUUUCGUGGGUAUGCACUUACUCUUUGUCAGAACUUGGGCACAUUCUAAUGGAAACUCUUUCAGGUGUUACAGGCAUAAGUUACAAGAGUGUACAUCACAGAUGCCAUUGGGUUGUAGUCGUACACUGGUGAUAUAAAAUACACGCGUGUGUAUAUAUAAAUGACUGCAUUUCCUGGCUGGUAAAGUUUACCUUUAGGUGUGUUGAGAAAUUAUAUAUAUAAUUUUUUCUUUAUUAUUAUUAUUUUUUUUGAAUUUAUACUAAAUUCUUUCCUGCAUCUUUUCUCUCUAGUAUUAUUCAUCAUUGCAGGAGAAUGAGAGAGAGGAGUGCUUUAAAUGUUUUUGCUGCAUCUUAAAGCCAUUGGAUCUUACCAUAAACACACUGGAUGCAUGUGUCCCAGAGCAAAGAGGUUUGUCUGACUCCACAUACAUCUUGUUUUGACUGGUAAACGCCUCAAUUAUGAACGGAAGACUGAAGACACAAGUAUGAGUUGCCCAAAGAGUAUUACUGAUACCCAAUUCGCUUGACUUUUUUUUUGUGUAAAUUUCAUGGAUUU